AAAGUUGUUUAUUGAACAGAGCAGUCUGAGGAUUCAGUAGAAAGAGAAGCUGGGCUCUGCCUACUGCAUUGCUUUCAAAUACAUGCUGGAAUCAUUUCAGUUUUAAAUAAUUUUUACUGAAGACUGCUUAUUAAAAGGAAAUGGGCUUGUCUGGACUUGACUUAAUUUUAAUUGUACUGCUAUUUAUUCUUGCAAUUAUGUUCCUUUUGAAAAGGGGCAGUUCCAGGAAUAACAGUUGCCCCAAUCUCCCCCCGGGGCCCAGGACUAUACCCAUUUUGGGAAAUCUGCACAUGAUGGAUCUGAAGAGGCCUCACAAAACAAUGAUAGAGUGGUCCAAAGAAUACGGUCCCGUUUUCCGCAUCAAACUGGGAUUGCAGGAAAUGGUAGUGCUAACUGGUUAUGAGACGGUGAAAGAGGCUCUAGUGAACCAGGCGGAUGCAUUUGCAGAUAGGCCCUCUAUUCCUAUUUUUGAAGAUAUAACAAAAGGGUUUGGUCUUGUUUUUGCUCAUGGGGAGCACUGGACUGUGAUGCGACGGUUUACAUUAUCCACAUUACGGGACUAUGGAAUGGGCAAGAGGACCAUUGAAGACAAAAUCACAGAAGAGUGUAGUAUCUUAACAAAGACAAUGGAGACUUAUGCAGGAAAACCCUUUGAUAUCACUAGAAUUCUCACUGCUGCUGUUUCCAACAUCACAGUUUCCAUUCUAUUUGGGAAACGUUAUGAAUAUGAAGAUGCCACAUUUUUACAACUACUGAAGAUAAUUAAGGAAAAUAUUCAGCUUCUGGGAAGCCCUGCUGUGUUGCUAUAUAAUUUGUUUCCCAAGUUGGGGUUUCUUUUGGGUGCUCAUAAAAUAAUAAUGAAGAAUCAAAAGGAGCUCCAUGAUUUCAUACAGACUACCUUCAUAGAAUAUCUCCAAAACCUUGAUGAAAAUGACCAGAGAAAUUUUAUUGAAUCAUUUCUUGUUCGGCAAAAACAGGAGACUAUGAAGAUGACACACGGUGGAUAUUUCCAUAAUGGAAACCUUAUAGGUCUUGUAAAUGAUUUAUUUGUUGCUGGUGCCGACACAACAGCAAGCACUCUGCGCUGGGCCAUACUCCAAAUGAUGAAAUACCCAGAAAUUCAGAGUAAGAUCCAAGCAGAAAUUGCAAGAGAGAUUGGUGAUAUUCAACCAAGGACUGAGCACCGAGUCAAAAUGCCUUACACAGAUGCUGUAAUUCAUGAAUUUCAAAGAUUUGCUGAUAUUGCUCCCUCCAAUAUGCCACGUGCAACCACCAUGGAUAUAACUUUCAAAGGGUUCUUUAUCCCCAAGGGCACGCACAUCAUUCCCUUGCUGACUUCUGUGCUCCGUGAUGAAUCCCAGUGGGAGAAACCUCAUGAAUUCUACCCUGAGCAUUUUCUUGACUCUGAAGGAAAAUUUGUGAAGAGGGAUGCAUUCAUGCCAUUUUCUGCAGGUCGGAGAGUUUGUGCAGGCGAGAAACUUGCCAAAAUGGAGCUCUUCCUCUUCUUUACGAGUCUCUUGCAGAAAUUUACCUUCCAGCCACCCCCAGGAACAUCUAAAGAUGAUCUGGACCUGACCCCUGUUGUUGGACUUACCUCCAUUCCCAAGCCGUACAAGACCUGUGCUGUGUUACGUUGAUCUGACACACACAAAAAAAUAACAAUAUGUUUUCUCAACCUUGCAUUACCUUCAUUUUGAGAGGCACAAUUUAAUUAAAGAAUCCAGUAUUGUCUAUGAUUCAUGUGUUGUUUUGAAGGUGAAUGGUAAUAACUUUAAAUUCAUGAAAUGUAGAUUCUGAUAGGAAAGAGUAUAAUCAAGAAAUUCUGAUCAAAAUAUUAACUUGGGUAACAAAUGAGAUUCAGCAACAUUCAAGAACUGUAAUUGCUAUCUAACAGGAGGAAUCACCAUAGUGACCCAUUUUAUUACAUAAAAAUACUCUAUCUCCAUUCCUGUCAGAACUGUCAUCUCACAUCUACCAGUCUGCCAUGAAACCGGUGUGUGUGUGUGAAUAGGAGAGGGGGUGCUUGUGUAUGUGUGUGGGGGGGAAAGUGAAAGUCACAACAGUGAAGGUGCCUCUCCAAGAUAGCGUUUUAAGGUUUCCUCACAAUGUGAAGAAUGCAUUGGCAAGGCAGCCUACAACUAGAGUGGCCAUCUUUUUUGAGAUUGAUUGGAUGUAGGGGGGCAGCAAUAUUAAGUGCCUAAGGGGGAAAGAGCAAAUUGGCACGGAAAUUUCAGUUCUGGGUUUGCUUUACUACAGUUCAAAGGCAUUUUUCCAAGAGGCAACUGGACUUUCUGGUUUUUCUUUCAAAGAAAAAGUCCAGUUGCCUCUUGAAAAAGCCCCUUUUGGAUCAUCAUGACCUGGAUUACCGAGAAUCUCCAUAGACAUUAUUGCAGUUCACUUGACUUCUAAUAAAACUGUACCUUUUGCACAAAAAUAGAGCCAAGGAUCAUUUCUAUUUAGAAGUGAAAGCCGAGGCAGGACCGACAAUUCUUUUACUACAUUUUUAUUUCUAUCCAUAUUUGUUCAUACUUAUGCCUGUUACCUUGUACAUGUUUGACAAAUAAAUAAAUAAAAUAAGAGUGGUUGAGGAAAAGAAGUUGCGCAAGUUGCUAGAGCUAGUUCAAAUAAGACCUGUCCACAACUGCACCCUUCCCUAAACUGUGCGAUCUUCAGCCAGUGACACAAUUGUAUAUGGUAAGGUAAGGAGAAUAAAAAGUGAUGGAUAGCUAAAUAUGAACCAUCACAUUCAUAUUUUGCCCUUUCUCAACAUCAUCUUCCUAACAAUCAUAUGAAAGAAGCUAGACUAAGGACAAGUGAGAUCAUCCAGAUGACUUUUCGACUGCACAGCCAGAAUGUCCUAUUUGCCCAAUUAGAUCGUUAUUGCUGACACUGUUUUGCUAUCUUUUCCUUUUACAUUUUUAUUCUACAGAAAAUGUUUUCGAUUUCAGGUAUCAAUCCAACAUAAUUCUUCUUGGUGGGUGAUUUUUUGUGUGUGAUGCUCAUGUCCAAGCAAAUGAAUUAACUCCUUAAUAAUUAAUAUUCAAUUGUACGUCUCUCCCUUCAGAGCUGAUUUGAUCCAUUGGCUAGCAUCCCAAAAGGUUUUGUUGUGCUUAGAGUAGAAACAUUAAUAAAGUGUGUCAGAAUUUAUAAAUUA